UCUGGAAAAAUUACAAAACCAAACUUAAUAAACAGCAGGAGGCAAGAAAAGAAAAGUUUUCGAUCUGAUCUUUAGUUUCUGCUAUUUUUGUUUCUCUUUGAAGCUUCGGGUUUUUUUCAAUCUCAUUGAUCAGAAAGCCCUACACGAAGAGUGAAGAGAGUGAGAGGGAGAAGGGUUGGUUUGUCUGUGUUUCCUUUGUGAGCGAGAAUGGCGAAGGAUUUAAUGGUUCUGCUGUUGUGGAUUAGUCUCUUUCUACCUUUGGGACAAGCUAUAUGGUUGAAUCUUCCUGGGUCAGGAACGAAGUGUGUUUCAGAGGAAAUCCAGACCAACGUCGUCGUUUUGGCCGAUUACACCGUAGUUUCCGACGAUCACUCUCACGAGAUCCCUACCAUCGCUGUCAAGGUUUCAUCACCAUAUGGGAACACCCUUCAUCACACAGAGAAUGUUACCCAUGGUCAGUUUGCAUUCACAACCACCGAGGCUGGAAACUACCUAGCAUGUUUUUGGGUUGAGGGCUCAAAUAAAGCAGCAGGGGCAAGUGUCAACCUGGACUGGAGGAUUGGAAUUGCAGCGAGGGACUGGGACUCUGUUGCCAGAAAAGAGAAGAUUGAGGGUGUUGAACUUGAGUUGCGGAAGCUUGAAGGAGCAGUGGAAGCCAUUCAUGAAAAUUUGCUUUAUCUCAAGACCAGGGAAGCCGAGAUGAGGUCAGUGAGUGAAAUAACCAACUCCAGGGUGGCAUGGUACAGUAUCUUAUCCCUGGGUAUCUGCAUCUGCGUUUCAGCUUUGCAGUUGUGGCACUUGAAGCACUUCUUCCAAAAGAAGAAGCUUAUUUAACUUCCCCAACUAUUUAUUUUUCCUGAUGCAGUACUACAACAAUGAAAGAAGAUUGAAAUAUUAUUUAUCUUUAUACCUUAAUUUUGCAAUGUUAGGAGGAAAUAGGUAGAAAAUCCGGCCUCGUUCGAGAUUUGGUUGAAUUUAGCAUAUGCACUAGGUACAGCAAAUGCAUCAAGGGUAUGAAACUCAGCUGCAGUUGAGCUUGUUGAGACUAGUGUUUCUCUCACUUUCUUAUACACAUGAUGUGAUAGGUAACUUCUCUUUGGAUA